GGCGGAAGACUAGGGAGGUGGGGAUCCUGUGGGAGUGACGGCCCGCAGUCUAAGAGACGGGGCUUGACGGGGCCGGAAGGUGGCGGGAGGGAGCCGAACAGGAGCCGGCGGGAGGGCCAGGCCAGAGGCCCCCAACCUGGCUUGCCCGCCCCGGCCGCGGCUGAGGAGGAAGAGGAGGAUGAUCUCCAGAUACACUCGGAAGGCGGUGCCACAGAACUUGGAGCUGAAAGGAAUAACAAAACAUUCUCUUAAUCAUCAUCCCCUUCCAGAGCAGCUGGAUGCAAUUUCCUCUACCAAUGACAGCCAUGAAAACGACAUAAGUUCCCAAAGUGAGUCUGACAUCACACAAGAAUCACCUUUUACAUCAGCUGACACUGGGAAUUCAAGGUCUGCUUUUCCAAGUUAUACAGGCACAGGGAUCUCUACUGAAGGCAGCUCGGACUUCUCCUGGGGAUAUGGUGAACUUGAUCAAAAUGCCACUGCAAAAGUCCACGCAAUGUUCACAGCCAUUGACGAGCUCUUGUAUGAGCAGAAGUUGAGUGUACAUAUUAAAAGUCUACAAGAAGAGUGCCAACAGUGGACAUGUAGCUUUCCUCACCUCAGGAUUCUGGGUAGGCAGAUAAUCACUCCAAGUGAAGGUUAUGGACUGUAUCCUAGAUCCCCUUCUGCUGUUUCAGCUUCACAUGAGGCAACACUGUCUCAAGAAAGAGAUUCUACUAUAUUUGGUAUUAGGGGAAAGAAGUUACAUUUUUCAUCUUCAUAUGCUCCUAAAGCAUCUUCCAUUGCCAAAUCCCCUAGCUUGUGUUCUAUGGAAAGAGAAGAGGAAGACUGUAUAAUCUUCUCGGAAGGAAUAAUAGAGGAAUACCUAGCAUUCGACCACACAGAUAUGGAAGAGGGGUUUCAUGGAAAGAAAUCAGAAGCAGCUACAGAGAAACAGAAAUUAGGGUACCCACCUAUUGCUCCAUUUUACUGCAUGAAAGAGGAUGUCCUUGCUUAUGUGUUUGACGAUGUGUGGAGCAAGGUCCUAAGCUGUAUGGAGCAGCUGACACGUAGUCACUGGGAGGGAUUUGCUUCUGAUGAUGACAGUAAUGUUGCAAUCACCAGACCAGCUUCAGAAAGCCCCUGUGUGCUGCAUGCACCACAACCUUUGGUCUUACCUCGAGUGCCACAGUCUAAGGUGCUGUCUAUCACCUCAAAUCCGAUGAGUCCCUGUCAAGCAGCAAGUGGUCAUCAGCCAAAUGUGAAUGGUCUCUUGGUUCAUGGGAUGCCUCUACAGCCAAGAAAUCUCUCCCUAAUGGACAAGCUCCUAGAUCUUGAUGACAAGCUACUUAUGAGGCCUGGGUCCAGUACCAUCCUUUCAACUCGAAAUUGGCCAAAUCGAGCCCCGGAGCUUAGUACAUCAUUUCUGUCAUAUACAGUGCAGUCCGCCAGGAGACGCAAUCCCCCACCACGCACCCUUCAUCCCAUCAGCACAAGCCAUUCACGCGCUGGAACACCAAGACCUAUGGAAGAAAUACUCAGAGGAUCCCGAGUCCCAGUGGCGGCCGACUCACUCUCCUCUCCCUCACCACUGCCCCUGAGUCGAAAUAAUCUGCUGCCACCUAUUGGCACAGCUGAAGUGGAACACUUGAGUACUGUGGGGCCACAAAGGCAAACGAAAACCCAUGGCGAUUCCAGUCGAGCUCGAAGUGCAGCGGUGGAUGAGCCUAACCAUCAGCAGCCCCACGAGAGGCUCCUUUUACCAGACUUUUUCUCCAGGCCCAACACAACUCAGUCAUUUUUGCCGGACACACAGUAUCGUCGUUCAUGUGCUACUGAGCAUCCUCAUCAGGCCCGACCUGGUAGGGGAUCUGCAGGAACAGGUCCGCAGUUACAUGGAUCUACAAAAUCUCAAAACAGAGGUGGACCUAUCACUAGAACCAGGCAGGGACCAUAGGGCAAGUGAGAAGAACCUGCCUCAUGCUGCAGGGAACAUGUGGGAAGAUUUCACAAAUCAGUGUUCAGUCAUCUCGUGAUGCAGAGCUUGUAAACAGGAGACAACUUGAAACUAUCUUCAUGAAGAGUUAUUUUGGUACAACAGACUGAGAACAGUAUCAGCCAAAGAUUACAUGGGUACUGCUUCUAUCUCCAGUUACUGUCUUCUUUCAGCAUAAGUUAACCAUUUCACUGGACAGUAAAAUUUGUACCCAAAGAUGUAACAAAAGAGUAAUAUCCUCCAAAUCACUGUUCAUAUUGUCUGUUAACAAUGAUCAGUUCAUUUAUUACAGGAUUCUAUCAGACUAUACAUACACAAAAAGUAGGAAAUUGUUUGUAACAUUAUCACUGGCUUCGGAAUACUUCUGCUUGUGUUAAUUUUUGGACAGGUGUACUCACUUUUACAUCAUUUUUAGGAGACAGUGCUGUCAAAAAUCUGAGCUACUCAUCAAACAGGUGAGUCGUUCCUAAAGUUUUCUCUUUAGAUGUCCAAUUCCAUAGGCAGACAGAUAUGGCAGGGGUGAGUAACUAAAGACAUAAAUGUUGAGCACUGGUGUAAAGUAACCUAUGUAAUAAACCAUAAUGGAUUUUUUUUCCACAUAGGACGACUCAACCUCACAACACCUGCUUGACAUCAGGUUAUGCUUCUUUUCUUCUUAAAGUACUUUAGUGGUCGUAUUUAUUUCCAAAUAUUAAACUCACCUUGCCGAUUUUCUCCUGCAGAUCUAAGAAAGGCAAUUUAAAAAUUUAUAGAAUAUUUCUAUUAGUGAGCCAGCAAGACACAACUUCUUAAAAUUUCAGAAACCCUGCAAAUUAGUCCAGUAUAAACAUAUCCUAAGAGCAAAGGAAGAGAACUUUGACAUUCUUCCAAUUUUCACAUGGACCUUUCCUGAGUGCACUCAUUAAUGAAACAAUGGUUUUAACUAUGGCUUACAUUUAUUUUAUUUAAAUUUCACUGAAUUUUAAUUUUGAUGAUCAUACUGGUUUUAGAUCUUACUGUUAAUCUUCAGAGUUGAUCAAUUCAAUUGGGGUAAUUUUAUUAUUUCGCAGUUAUCUAAUGCUAUCACAUGAAGACGGAUGCUUCAAACAACCUGCAUUAAAAUUGUAUUUUUGAUGCAAUUAAAGAGUAUUUUUUAACCUGUUUAUAAUCACAAACUGAAAACGUGUCAUGGGCUUACCUCAGAUAAAUCAUGAUACAUAAAUCUCAGUAACAGAAGGCUUGUUUUAUGUAUAUGGUAUUGAAUAUAUUAGCUUACAAAUCAGAGAUUUUAAGUUGAACAGUCCCUAAAAAAUUACCAUAUAUUCUAAUGAGUUCAUACCAAUUCAACUAAAUAUAAGUGAAAAUCUCUGUACUAUUCUCACAAAUCAAUACCAGGAGUACAUAAUAACAAGCCACUGGAUCAAGACGGCUUGCCUUUCAAGGUUAAAGUUAAGAGUCAGAAGGAGCCUCUGACAAGUCAUUUAGCCCAGCUCCCUUACUCUUUUAUAGAGGAAAGAAGUUCAGACAAGCUCAGUGACCUAAGGACAUUCAGCAGUUACAGGCAGGACUACAACAUCUCUUGAGGCAACUUAAACCAGGCUAUCUGCUACAAUGCUGACUACGACUACUUUUCUUCUCUCUUCUUUAUCCUAAGCACCAUUCAUAUCUUUUCUAGAUCAUCUUUUAAAUGAUCACACUGGGAUCAUUUAAAAAGCUCCUGGAACUUAACAGUCAUUUUUUUACUUGUUUAUUUAAUCAUGUAAGAUGCUUGAAGUUAUCUGAACACCUGUUUCUCAUAUAAACCUCAAGCAAAGAGUGCAAAACUUAGUUGAGUAAAACAAAAAGGAGAGGGUCUAUGCAAGAACAUUAAGAAAGCAGGGGUUUCCCUGGUGGCGCAGUGGUUGAGAGUCCGCCUGCC